CAGCAUCAGCAGCAGCUUUGUUAGAAACUCAUUGCAAUGGCUCUUGCUCUUCUUAAACUUGUAGUUCCAACCUCUUCUCUUUACACUUCAACUAGGUUACCAUCUCAAAGCUGUGCAUCAUCACAAUCUGCUGCUUCCAUUAAUCAUGACCGAGCUCUGCGCACCGUUCGAUGCAUCAGUUUGAGCCAAACUUGUGAUCAGACGAUUGUUAGGCGAACUGCCAACUAUAAACCUCCCAUUUGGGACUAUGACUCUCUGCAGUCACUAAAUAGUAAAUAUGUGGGAGAUAUAUAUGUAAAGGGUGCUGAAAAGUUGAAGGAAGAAGUGAAGAGAAUGCUUGCAGAAGUGGUGGAUCCAUUGGGUGGACUUGAGAUGAUUGAUGACUUGCAAAGGCUUGGUGUGUUUUACCACUUUGAGGAUGAAAUAAAGAGAGGGUUGGACAAUAUUAGAAAUGAUGAUAAGUGGAACAAUGAGGAUUUACAUUCUACAGCUCUUCAAUUUAGGCUUUUGAGACAACAUGGUUAUAAUAUACCCCAAGUCAAAUUAGAUAGCAAUAACUUCAUCGUUUGGAAGAAUCAGUGGCACAACAUCUUACGAGCUACUAACUUGCUUUCAUACAUCGAUGGAUCAAUUGCUUCACCAUCAGAUGUUAUCAAAGAUGUUGCUGGUAUAGAUGUUCUUAAUCCAGAUCUUCAUCAAUGGCAUAUUAUAGAUGCACAUCUGUUAAGCUGUGUUACUGCAACUCUGUCUUCUUCAAUCUUUACUUCUGUGUGUCAAUUCAAGACCAGUCAUGAAGUGUGGAGUACACUUGAGAAGAGAUUUACUUCUCUCUCGCGAUCUCAUAUUCAUCAGCUUAAAAACAAGCUUCAUAGUGUUGUCAAAGCUUCAAAUUCAAUGGAAGAUUACUUGUCACAGAUCAAAGUGAUUGCUGAUCAGUUGUCUCUUGCUGGUUCAGCAAUAGAUGAUGAAGAUCUUGUUCUCUUGACACUUAAUGGCCUUCUGUCGUAAUAUAAUGCUUU